AUGAGUUCUAUGAGACAAUGUAUUUUCAAUUACUUGGAACACGGAAAUUAUCCAUAUUGGGGAAAAAAUUAUUUACAGGGUCAAUCUGUAAAAGUUGAAUGCCAUUCUGGCUACAGUCUUCCAGAUGAGCAGACAUUAAUGACAUGUACGGAGAACGGCUGGUCUCCACCUCCCAAAUGCAUCCGUGUCAAAACAUGUUCAAAAUCAGAUAUAGAAAUUGAGAAUGGAUUUAUUUCUGAAUCUGACUUUACAUAUCCCUUAAAUAAACGAGCACGAUAUAAGUGUAAACCAGGAUAUGUAACAGCAGGUGGUAAAGCAUCAGGAUCAAUUACAUGUCUGCAAAGUGGAUGGUCAGCUCAGCCCACGUGCAUUAAAUCUUGUGAUAUGCCACAUAUUGAGAAGGCCAGAGCCAAAAGCGAUAGAACAUGGUUUAAGCUCAAUGACAGAUUGGACUACGUGUGCCGUGAUGGCUAUGAGAGCAGAGAUGGACGCACCACAGGUUCCAUAGUUUGUGGAAAUGAUGGCUGGUCUGAUACACCCACAUGUUAUGAUGACAGGAAACAUGAAGGAGAAGAAGUUGGAGUGACAGAGACAGCAGUGGAAACUGAUGUGGCCAACAUGGCUUUCUAUUGCAAAUUUUAUAAAAACUUAUGA